UGCUGUGAAUAGUCUUCGCUGCUCCUUAUUUAGCCUUGUUCCGGACAACACAGAGAACAGCCACGUAAUACACACCACUGUUGCCUGGCGUCAUGUUGCUAGCAACUCUGUCGGGAGUUGUUUCCUGCUGUGUAGCAACGGCGGCAUCCUGUGUUACGUCACUGCGGGGAGAGGCGUGGUGUUGACCAUUGCGCAACACGUCACAAUAUUAUAGACACAAAUUAUGAUGUUCCUGAUCACAUUUCUCCUUCUUCUUGGGAACCCCAUCAUUAUGUCCAUGAUUCCACUGCUUGGUGAACAGUGAGGCAAAUGCACGACGCAUUGCAAUGGUUGAGAGCUGCUUUGGCAGUUCUGGCCAGCCUCUUGGUGUUCCUGGCCGGGUGCUAGUUGGAGAAGGAGUACUUACUAAGAUGUGUCGAAAGAAACCCAAAGCACGGCAGUUUUUUCUCUUUAAUGACAUUCUUGUGUAUGGAAAUAUUGUCAUCAAUAAGAAAAAGUACAAUAAGCAGCACAUAAUUCCGCUGGAAGAGGUGAAACUUGAGUCCUUGGAGGAUGAUGGUCAGUUUCGAAAUGGGUGGCUGAUACGAACGGCAUCAAAAUCAUUUGCAGUAUAUGCAGCCACAUCAACUGAGAAGCAAGAGUGGAUGGCACACAUCAAUAAAUGCAUUGAAGAUCUUCUUAGGAAGAGUGGAAAGAAGGCAGUUAAGGUCCAUGCUGCUGUGUGGGUCCCAGAUUCAGAAGCAGCUGUUUGCAUGCAUUGCAAGAAGACACAGUUCACUGUGCUCAAUAGGAGGCAUCAUUGUCGUAAAUGUGGUGCUGUGGUGUGUGGCCCCUGCUCGAAUAAAAGGUUCCUCCUACCUAGCCAGUCUUCCAAGCCACUGAGAGUAUGUCUCAAUUGCUACGAUACACUUUCUCGUGCCAGGGUUCAACAGAACAAUAUGGGAAAUCCAACUGAUCUCUCUCUAAGCAAAGAAGCAAAGGAGCGCAGUGGUUCUGGCGAUUCCUCUGGAGAAGAAGACUCUGAUGAUGAAGACGAGGCAAAUAGAUCACAACAAGACACAUCUGCUCAUGAUGAGUCUUCCUGGGAAUGUGGGGAACAGAGUCCAAGAGGGUGGCGGCCAUUGAGGGCGACUGUCUCAUAACAUUACAAGCUCCAAAAUUUUAUGGGCUGUCUGAAGUUGCUGAAGAACAGAAACAGUAGGCAGCAUGUGAAGUAAUACACAGCCAUGAAUUGGAAUGUCUGGUGACUGUCUGCAGCUGCUGUAGAUCUCUUCAGUAAAAGACAAUGUCAUUUUUUAAUCUGUAAGGUAACUUUAUUUAUUUAGUAGUUUUGAAAUGUGGCUUUGCAAUAUUUCACUUUUCAAGCAUGGACUGAGAUCAGAGACUUACUUGUUUGGUUAUUUGCUACUAUUAAAAUUAUUUGUUACAGUUCUGGAAAUUCCCUACAGUAUGAAUUCUGUGCUUUCACAGAGGAAAUUAGGGAGUGUGUUUAAUAUCUGGACCACAUGUUAAAUCAUCUUAAUUUUCUUACAGUGCUAAAGAAGAAAGAUUUUUAUGGGGUGUGUUUUGUAAUGCUCAAGAUAUUUGACAUAUCUGAUCCAUAAUUGUGAUCUUGUAAAGUUGUUCUGGGUGUAGCAUCAUUCAAAACCGUCGGCAGUGAUUACCCCAGAAGACUACAAGGAAUGUGGGAGAGAUAUGAACCAGAAUGAAACCUCAAGUCUUAUUGCAGUUACAGAUACUGGUGUGCAUAAUCUUGUCUGCAAGUGGCCUUAAAAUGAAGGGUAGAAUUAUAAGAUUAUUUUGUGGAAUCUGUAUGUUGGCACAAAUCAAUUGGAUGUGGUUGUAAAUACAUUUAAUUAUGACAUAGAAAACUAAUAAUAUAUGUAUAUAUGUAGACCAAGGGUUUGGUAUGUUUUUCCCAGUACUGUGCAAGAUACAGGCAGGAACACAAGGUUAGUAAAUAGGAUUAAAAGUUUGUGAUGAUGGUAUAUCAAUACAGUUAUGGUAUUUUUGAACAUUAUCCAUCUUCCGGUUUUCUUACUUAAAACACAGUUUUGGAGACUGGAUUCUGUCACCAUAUUCAGGUAAACAUCUACUCAGUUGGGCCUGGAUCAGGAGAUAGGGACUAGCUUUAUUGAUUGUACCCAACUAAGUACAUUUUUACCUGAAGAUGGAGCUGGAAUCCAGUCUCUGAAAUGUUUUAAAUAAAAAGCAGGAUGAUGGAUAAUGGCCAAAAACAUAAUAAUUGUAGUAGGUUGUAUUUUAUAAUAUUAUAACACUAAAUUUGCACUCAGUCUCUGCAUUGUACAAACAGUUUCAGUGUAUGCUUGAUCAAGGAGUUGCUAAGAACAUCAUUGUAACAAGAUCUUUUUUCACAUUUGUAACAGAUUUAGAUUUCAUAAACCCCUGUUAACGUUUCAUUGAAUUGAAUGUGUGGUUAGACAUCCCUUUAAUAAUAGAGUCUCCUAGGAUGUGAUAACUCUGCAGUUUGGCGUAGAGGUCCAUGUGAACCAUUUCUACCAGUCUACCAAUCAUGUCAGAAGAUUAAUCUUAAUACUCACCACCCUGAGAACCUCAGUUCUUAGACUUGUAUCCAUUUGUUCAUGUCAUACUUUGCUUGUUAUUGUGCCUAAAUUUGUUAUGAUUGAUAUGUAGUAGAGUAUACACCAAAAUCAAAUAUGGGAGCUGGCUGUUGGUUGGCUCUUUUGCUGUGUCUUGUAUAUGUUGACAUUUUGUGCUUAGUGUUCAGCUUUUUGUCUACUUAUAAUUUGAGUUCUUCAUUUUUAUUAAUAAUGAUGUUUUAUAAAAUAUCACGAUAGUUAUUCUGUUGCAUACUGAACUGUCUCUGUCUUCAGGUUAAAACUUACACAGUUGAGCCUGGACCCAGAGAUAGGGACUAGCUCUAUUGAUUGGGCCCAGCUAAGUAGUCUCUUACUUGAAGAUGGAGACAGAAUCCAGGCUGUAGAAGGCACUCUGCACCUACUAUUAAUGUCACUUACUUAAAUUCAGAAAAUGUCAUAAAUGGAAUGCUUGUAGAUGUCCUGCCUUGUUUUUAGAGAUGUUGCAUUCCAGCUCAAUGUGAGGGAUGCUUUCAGUGAGCUAUAUGAUGGCUCCUUUUAAGUUCAAGGAGAUUUUGAGAAUGACCUUAUGCUCUGCAUGUUUCAUUUCAAAUUAGCUACACAAAUUUUAGGUGACUUUUUUGGCCAGACAUCAGAGGUAAUCACUCUUUCAUACAAAGUAUCAUGCAGUAAUGUCCUGGAAAUGACGUGCGUGUGCAGUAAUACUGUCAUGUCAAAAAUAUGCACAAACAGUUUUGCUCUGAUUUAACUGUCACGUGAGAAUGUGUGGUUGAGUACAUGGUAGCCUUCUGUAUUAAGAAAUGUCAUCUAAGUCAUUUACAGCAGAUUUAAAAUGUUAAUACAGGAGCAUAUUGACUUUACAGUCACUGCGUAGGCAGGUGAACAAUCAUAAAGUAAAUUGUAACAGUAGUAGGACAGUGUAGAAGGUGCAUCAGUGUCUUUUUAUUGGAAGCAAAACUGGUCUUCCAUGGCAAGUAUUAAUAAAAAAGUAGUUGAAUGCUGUCUGUAAUAUUCUGUGAUGUAUUCUGUUUUACAGUGUUCAUAAACCAUCUACAGUUAAUGCAAUUGUAUGUCAUUCAGACAUAUUUUGGCAACAUUGUCAGUCCUUUGGUCCUGUGUUCUUAACACAGCUUCAGAAUUUAAAUUUUAUACACUAUUAUUUUCACGGAGUUUUUCUGUAGAUUUGGAACAUUUUGUUGGUACCUUUAGUAUGUGGUUACUUUCACCUCCACUGUUUCACAGUUUUGCUGGUACCUCACAUUAUUUACAUAUUAAGAUAUGUUGUCAUCCUUUCUGCUAUUCCCUAUAAGUUAAAAUUAUUUUGUGAAACCUUGCACUUUCACUGUUUGUUCACUGUUGACUUCUCGUGUUUCUUUGCAGUCUGUGCACUUUGAUUUUGACUGCUGGCUGCUUGGUACACAAGUCCUAUCUGCACAUUUUGAUUUUAUGGUUAUCAGCUGUUGAAUGCUCUAUAUUAUUUAGCACCAGUUCAAAAAUUAUGUUAUAUUGGUUUACAUGCUUGUUUAUGUCAUGUUUUAUUGACUGUAUUUGUAAAUAUAGUACUGCUAUGCAUCCAUGAGGUGUCCCUUCAGAAUAAAUUUUGGUAUUUCUGUGGUAUCUGUACAAUGUAGAAAUAUGUCCAUUGUAGAUGGUUUAUGAAACUGCCGAUUCUAAUCUCUCUGCAUGGUAAGACAAAUUAGUGGAAAGAAGUAGACUCAUAGCAUGAGAGAAGGUUGGAAGGAGAGGACUAUGGUCAGUUAUUAAAUAUUUACAAAUUAACCACAGAUGUUCUUUAGCAUAAUUUAUUCUUAUGAUAUUUUAAUUAAGAUACAGCUAGGCACAUCACCCGUGUUUCUUGUUUUGAAAAGGUGUCACAUGUAAACUUUAUCAGAUAUUUCAUGGCCAGCUUUGUGUGAUAGGGGAACCCCAGGGAUGAAGUGCCUUCCGUGUAGAUUUAGCGAUCUGUUCCACUAACCAGAGUUCUUACAUUGUGUACUACUAAACCAAAAGAAGCUUCACAGUGAAGCAUUACAAAACAUAAUUGUACUAUGCUAAUUGUAAAAUGGGAAGUAAAUAUUGUAUGCUGUAUA